AUGCCCCAUCCCCGUCCUCCAGCUCUGCUGCACAUGCUGGACAAGCAUCCUGACCUUGGAGUGAAGUCUCUGCCGUGUCAUUCAGGUGAACCCAUACCUGUUCCAAAUGAAUGGUACCAGCAAGGGGACUUUGUCAUUGGUGGGAUGGUAUCCAUGGCUAACUACCAAUUUAAUGAAGUUUCAUUUCAGCAGCAUCCCUCUGAGGAGUAUUUUGAACAUCCAGACGUGCUAACAAAAUUCUACCAGCAUGUCCUUUCCUUGGUCUUUGCUGUGAAGGAGAUCAAUGAGAAUCCAGAAAUCUUGCCCAAUGUCACUCUUGGCUUCUCCAUUCACGAUAGCUACUACAAUGCCAUAAUGACCUAUCGAACUACGAUGGAUCUGCUUUUCAGAUCAGAGAGAUUUGUCCCCAACUAUAAAUGUGACACCGGGAGAAAUCUCAUUUCUAUCAUAGGAGGGUACAGCUUUGGAACUUCCUCCUACAUCGCACAUCUCGUGAAGUUUUACAAGAUUCCACAGCUCACAUAUGGAUCCUUUACUCCACAAGAUGUUCAUAGCACAGAGAUUCCCUUCUAUUACUCUGUGGUCCCAAAUGAGUCUUCGCAGUACAUUGGGAUAAUCCGACUGCUUCAAUAUUUUGGGUGGAGAUGGGUUGGGCUCUUUGCUAUUGAUAACACUGAAGGAGAACAUUUUUUGGAGACCAUGGAGUCCCUUUUUUCCAAGCAUGGAAUCUGCUCUGCUUGUAUGGAGAGAAUUCCAUAUUUAACCUAUUGGGAUAAACUUUUUGAGAUGUUUAAGACAUUUAAUAAUAUUUAUAAACACAUAAUUGAUGAAAAGAUCAAGAUCUUUAUCAUCUGCGGAGAAUCUUUGACAAUCGCAUGGUUAACGAAUAUCAUUUUUGGGUUGGAUCCUGGACAUGAACAGACUACCUUGGGAAAAGUAUGGAUCAUGACUGCCCAGAUGGAUUAUUUAUUAACAGGAAUGAAUAAAAAAUGGGAUCGGCAGUUCUUUGAUGGUUCCAUUUGCUUUACAAUUCACUCAAAAGAAAUUCCAGGGUUUAAGGAAUUCUUGAAGUUCCUAAAACCUCCUUGGAUUCCAGGAGAUGGAUUUUUCCCACUUUUCUGGGAACAAGUGUUUGAUUGUUUAUUGCCAUCUCCUUCUUUGACCAAACUGGAUGAACACAUCUGUACCGGAAAGGAGAAGCUAAGGGACAUUCCUGGUGCUCUUUUUGAGGUGGAGCUGUCUGGGCACAGCUAUAGUGUCUAUAAUGCUGUCUAUGUAUUGGCUCAAGCUUUACAUGCUCUCCACUUACGUCGAUCUAACCACAAGCAUUUUUUGAGGCAUAAAUCAUCAGAAUUUGAAGAAUCACAACAAUGGCAGCUCCACCAGUUUCUUAGAGGCAUGAUAUACAACAAUUCUCUUGGAGAAACAUUGACUUUUUAUGAUCAAAAGAAGAUGGAAGGUGGAUUUGAUAUCGCAAACAUAGUUGUCUUUCCCAAUUCCACUUUCCAGAGACGCAAGAUUGGAAAAGUGGAUCCUGAUUCCGUAAAAGGACAGGAAUUAGUCAUUAAUGAGGACAUGAUUGUUUGGCAUAGAUCAUUUAACCAGGUGCUCCCCAUUUCUCUGUGUAAUGAAUAUUGUCACCGUGGAUAUCAGAAAAGGAAGAAGGAAGGAAAAAAAUUCUGCUGUUAUGAUUGUGUUCCAUGCCCAGAGGGGAAAAUCUCCAAAGAGAUGGACACUGUUGCUUGCUUUCAAUGUCCUGAUGAUCAAUACGCAAACCAUAAGAAAGAUGGAUGCAUCAUGAAAACAAUUAGCUUCUUGUCUUAUAAAGAACCUUUAGGAAUCAUUUUAACCACUGUUGCUACUUUAUUUUUCCUCACUACAACAUGGGUGUUGGGAACAUUUAUUAAGCACAAAGACAGUCCCAUUGUCAAAGCCAACAACCGGGAUCUCACUUACACUCUCCUCAUCUCCCUUCUGUUCUGCUUCCUCUGCCCUUUGCUCUUUAUUGGACAACCUGGGAGAGACACCUGUCUCCUCAGACAGUCUGCAUUUGGCCUCACCUUCUCAUUGUCCAUCUCUUGUGUGUUGGCCAAAACUAUCCUUGUUUCUCUCGCCUUCAAGGCCACCAAGCCAGGAUCUCGGAUAAGGUCAUGGGUGGGGAAAAGACUGGCUGUUUCUAUUGUCCUUCUCUGCUCUCUAUUCCAAGCAAGCAUCUGUAUUGUUUGGUUAUCCACCUCUCCCCCAUUCCCAGAAUUAGACAUGCAUUCAACAACUGAAGAAAUGGUCCUACAAUGCAAUGAGGGGUCAGUUGUUAUGUUUUAUUGUGUCCUGGGCUAUAUGGCCCUCCUUUCAUUUGCCAGCUUCAUUGUGGCUUUCCAGGCUCGUAAACUUCCUGACAGCUUUAAUGAAGCCAAGUUCAUCACCUUCAGCAUGUUGGCUUUCUGCAGUGUGUGGGUCUCCUUUGUCCCAACGUACCUGAGCACCAGGGGAAAAGCCAUGGUGGCUGUGGAGAUCUUCUCCAUUUUGUCCUCCAGUGCUGGGCUCCUAGGUUGCAUCUUUUUCCCCAAGUGUUACAUUAUUGUAUUUAGGUCUGAUUUAAAUAACAGAGAACAAUUGAUAAGAAGAUUUGUUUAA